AUGCUUGCAAGUGAACCGAUUGAUGUUGAUAAGCUUGUUUAUCUCGACAGCUUCAUAAGCGCCGAAACCAUCAUCAUCGACAGCAUGACAUCAGUGUGCAACACCGAUGAUUCACUGCCGUACCGCCAUGAUUUAUUUGAAAGCCUUUUUCACAUGAAAAACCACAAGGCAGAAUUAUUUAGACCAGUUAAUCUUAUUUGCAUUACGACGGUGCCAGAGCUAUGA